AUGAGAUGCUAAGCUAACUUCGAAAAGCUAAAGAAAGGUAACGUCGUAAGAAUUAUUACGAGCAAACGUAUUAUUAUUAUCAGCCAGAAGCACUAAUGUUUUGGAAUUAAAAUAAGGUCUCCUGCUAAAUAUGUUAUUGUUUACAAAGUGAUGCUUUAUUGUUUCCUAAAACAUAAUUGUAGUUCUUCAAGAUGAGGCCCGAAAACGAAAGCGGUUCUUUCCCUCCAAUCAGAUUUAAAGCUCUCGACUAUGUUUUCGAGACCUCCACUAGGCUGAAAGUGAUGAUGAACUUACUGGGCCUGCCGGCCCCGUAUCUUACUGGGACCAGUGACCGGUACCCGCACAGGGGCCAGUUACCUGAAGGCCCCUACAGGACCCCGUGGAUCAGAGGAAAGGUGAUCUCCACCUGCAAACUGUUUGUCAGUGGCUCCGUGCUCGAUGACCUGGGAGAGAAAAGCCAAGCAGACAUUUCACCAGAAAGAUUUCUGAGUGAGGCAAAAGAGGACGUGGAGGCGAUAGCGGGCUCUGAUGCCGACUCACUGAAGGGUCCAGAGCAGGACGAUGGCUUCUGCUUUUUAAAAGAGACGCGCAUCAACAAUCCGUGUCAGGAAUCAUUUUUGAAGUUGACAACUGACCAGAUGGCACCUGGAGGCGCAAACAAAGAGCUCCUCCUGAGAGAAGAGCUCCUGGUUGCCGAUAACCUGCCACACUUCAGGAGACAUUUACCCACGCUGAAAGCUAAACUGUCCCGGCUGAGGACGCUUCCCGUGGCCGACCCCCUGCUGAGCUUAACGGGAGACACCAUCCCCGAGGACGCCAUAUUCAGGCCCUGUGCGUCUUUUGAAAAACCUCCUGAUGAGUUCCCCACGGACCUUCAGACGUGUCCAAACGUUCACGAGGAGUUUGGUAAAGAGUCAUUGAUGAAAGGAGAGUCUCUUUUACUGCCUGUUGUAGUGGACACGCUGAGUCUUAGCCAUGAAAACUCCACCGCCUUAUCCAGCAUUUUUGGUCCACUUAAUGUUGCUCCCGAGCAGCUGGAAGAGCAACUUUCAGUCCUGGAUCUGCUUCAUAAAGCUUUCCCCUCCGAUGGAUCCGCGCCGGUUGACGUUUCCCGUUAUGAAGCAGCGGAGGAGCCCGGCGAGAGAUGCCACGCGAAGGAAGGCUCGGCGGCGCCAGAGGGACGUGUGACGCUUCCAACUGAAAUGGGGCUGGACGUGACCAUGACGCCGUGUCUCAAGACGAGUCUGACCCGAAUGCGUCCGUCCCCGCGCGACCUUCCACGGGAGGCGGCGUCAGUGGCCGGCGGCGGAUGGUGGCCGCGCAGGUCUUUGGUGUCAGCGAGAGCUCGGGGAGAGAUGGAGACGGCCCUCUGGAAGGCGGAGAAGCACCCGACCUUCGUGGUGGGCUUUCUAUUUGCAGAGCCUGAAACAGACGGACCAGCUGUCGACUUCCAGCCGCUGUCUGAAGCCCGGAAAGCCGCGAAGUCAGAGGAUCGAAGCUCUCUCAUCGCUGGCGACGGACUGCAGGGGGAGGCGGAGGCCGGAGCCCCGCCGGUGCAUUUCACAGAGAGCUUGAGCCCCGACCGCUCCCCCGGCACGGAGGAGGAGAAGGAGGACUUCACCCAGCUGCCCCCUGAGCGCGAGGACGGCACAUCUGUCCCGAUGUCGCCUCACUCGAAGGAAUGUGAAGCGGCUCCUUUUCGGGCUGAAACGUCUGCCGGCGACACUCGGCUCCACAACCAACCCGCUGGCGAGGGGGCUCGCACCGCAUCCCUGAUGCCCGCGCUCGUCACAAGCGACAAGGAAGGUAAACCCUCGACAUUUUCUAAAGCCGAUGCCACCGCCAGCUCCAAAGAUGAGGGUGCCGACGGGAGGUUUUUAGAAGGUGAGAGCCGAGAUGACUCGGAGACGGAGCGGGACGCGGCGCCCGGCGGAGAGCAUCGGAGAUGUCUGCCGGGUACAAAGCGUCGGCUGGAGAAGCACCUCGACCCUCUGACCGCCUUCAUGAUGCUGAGAUCUCAGGCUCGGCUUUCCGAAGCAGCCGAGAGCUCGACUUCAGCACCAAAUGUCGAGCAGCAAAAAACAACAUCGGAGCAUCGUCAGCCUCCCAUGGCGCAGCCUCACAGAUCAGAUCAGAGGCCGACGUAUAUGAGCAGCGCCGUGUCAGCAAAGGCCACCAGAGAGCAGAAUGAAAAACAAACCGGCCAGUCCAUCCAUCAGAACGGACAGCACAGCAGAGUGGUAGAAGUCCAAGCUACGGUCAGCCAGCAGCGCGCCCACGGUGAGCUGCUGGCCUUCGCUCGGCCUCGCAUGAGCUCCGCCGGGCAGCUGGGGCUCAACUUCGCCGCGCGAGGAGACUUCAGCCGCCUGACCCCGGACCGAACGCACUUCCUCCUCAAGCAGCAGGAGCGGGCGCUCUACGCCGCCGAGCUGCACGGAGAUCACGAGGAGCUGUUCAAACAGGCGGCUCUGAUUCAUGUGCUGGUGACAUUUAAGGAGAUGCUGCUCAAGUGUGACCUCGGCACUGCACUAGAGUACCUGACCAAGGCCGCUGAGGCGCGUGCGGAGCAGAGUCUGGAGCAGCUGCUGAAGAGGCUGCGGCUCAUCCUCUACCUCAGUCACAAGAGCCAGGAGUCCAACCUCAAACUGCUGGAGCUGCAGAAGCUGCUGGCCUCAUGGCUGCAGCACACAGGAGGAGGGCAGAACGCCGCGGAGAAGAUGCUCGUCAUGAUAUCCGUCGACUCUGACCACAUCAGGUCUUCGAUCCUCGGCGGCCUGAGCCACGUGGCGGGUGCUGCUGUGGCAGCCGUUCGUCCCGAGGAGAACAAGAAAAAACUGAAUGGUGCCAGUGUGGUUAGCAGCACGUGCGACAGUGUGUGCGUCGUGGUGCACGAGCAGCACGUCGGGCCCGACUUCCCGUGGAGCAGUUUCUCCCUCGUGGUGGAGUACGACCACCCGGGUCAGUCGCCAUGGGCCGCGGUCUGCGGAGAGAGGAGCAUCAGUCACCUCACCUUCCACACCGUCGUCCCCGAGCCGGAUGAGCCGAAAGCCUGGAGGCUCCUGGAGGACGAUGUGCCGUAUGUGUUGUUGGUCACAGAGGGGCUUCUCGACUGCCCCCUGCUGCUGCAGACACUGGAGUCAGGGUUUGAUAUAAUGGUGGUGGAGAGGAGCCACAGCCCGUCCCUGCAGAUGCUCGGAGGGACUCAUCACUACGCUGUGAUCACAGUGGAUGAAAGCACCGCCAUCAUCAUCCAGGAGGAGGAGGAAUUGUGUCAGGAGCGAGCCAGUGAGAGAGUAGUGAUGAGGCUGGCCGCUCUCUCUUUGCAAUACAACUACUGUUGGCUCAUCCUGCACUGCAGAGAGAGCCAAGGAGGAGGGUUUUCCACUGAAGCCUUCAGCAACUUGGUGUUAGUUUAUUCGUCCCUGGUGCUGUUCGCCAUGAAGUCUGAGGAUCUAGACAUCAAGGUGCUGAUUGUGUCUGAGGUGACUGAAAUGGCCAAAUGGAUCAGCCAGAUCUGCUUCCACAGCCUGAUGGCCGGGGAGAAGGACCCUCGCAGCUACCUGGACAGAGACUGGCUGACUGUGAAUCCUUCAGAGGAGGAAAGGUGCCUGGUGCAGUUCCCGUGUAUCAACCCUCUGGUCGGUCAGCUGAUGCUGAGGAGAGCGCCGUCGCUCCGGUGGCUCCUGGGGGCCUCUCUGUCCCAGCUGAUGGAGCUGCUCCCAGAGGUGCCGCAUAAAGUCCUCAAGCUGUUUAGUGACACCACGUCCCUGUACACCGGCACCGUGGACCAUCCGGAGCCUCCGAGCGCCUUCACUGAGACACACCACCAGACACAGGGUCCACUCUGCAUCCCCUGGACCCCCACGGAGUAUGUGAACUCUGACCUCCGGCAAGAGGCCCCCAUCAGCCCCCGUGCAGAACUAUUCAGCGGCGACCACGACACCGGCUUCCUGUUCGGAGCCGACCACAGCUUCAGCGACCCGGACUCGGCGGUGCGGUGGGGCGACCCGGCCUUCGGACUCGACCUGAGCUCCUCCCUCGGCGCCGCAGUUGUUCCCCUCAAGAGCGUCCGGACCGCCAGCGGCCCGUGGAGAGAGGAGGCGCCUAUUUUUUCCGGCUGGGGCGGCAGAGCCGGAGCGGCGGGGAGAGUCGUGGCGAGAGCCGAUGGCGACUGGGCCCAGAGAGCCGAGGGCGAGUGGGCCCAGAGAGCCGAGGGCGACUGGGCCCAGAGAGCCGCGUCGGAUCUCGGCGGUCCUUUCGAGGCGGAUCCCACGUACGGGGUGAGCGGCGCUUACUCCGCGGCCUUCGGUGACCUAUGGCGUCCGGACGGCCUGAGCCCCCCGAAGCAGGUCGCGCCGUGGGGGCUGGCUCCAAACGGCGGGGAGACGCCGACCGCUUCGGCCAGCUACGGCUCCAGGUGCUGGGCGGGGCGAGAGAGGAAGAGGAGCGGCGAGGCGGCCCGUUUGGUUGGAACAGUGUUGACGCCACUGAAGAAGGGGAGGUUGAGCUAUGAGGUUGUGCCCGGCAGAAGUGAUGGACAGACGAGGCUGAAAUUAUUUUAGGCACAAAUCCUUUGUACCUGAGGCUGGUCUGUAAAAAAAAAGAAAGAUGUGUGAAAUUCAAGUAUUAUUAAGUUUUAGAGUUUUUCAUUCAUUCAGUUACAGGAUGUUUUAUUCUGCACGGUUAGUCUGCAGAAGGGUUUCUAUGGUGAGCUAAGUCUUUGUUAUGAGUUGUUUGGAAGCUUUAUUCUUGAAUUUUCCCCAUAAAUGUUAUUUAUAUGAUUUAUUUAAUCAAAUCUACAACACUAGUUCUUCAUUUUAGACAUAAUUUCAAUUUAUUUUAUUGUUAAGCAUUCAGGACGGGAUAAUGGUGUAUAAAUGUAUAAUUAACACCAAUAUAACAUUUGUAACAUUAUAAAAUAUUAGAAUUGUAAAUUGUAAUUGUUGAAAAUACUGCACAUUUAUAAACAGUUGAAACGGCCUCUACCUGCUAUUUUACUGUUUACUAUGUGUUUAAAUACUGCUUGUAAGCAAUAAAAAGGGCGUCGUUGGCCAUUUUUGUUUUCACAAAGUAAGACCACAACAGUGCACAUUUUAUUUUGGUUUUUCCCCACACAGAGCAUGCUCAAUAGUGACAAACAAAUUGGGAUUUAUGGUUGGAGGAGUGGGAUCGAGGGUCUUUGCCAGCAAAACUGAUAACGCCUCUCAUUUCAGCAGCUCCAAUGGUGGGGCUAUUUCUUUCUCUCUUUUUUUUUCUUUUUUUUUUUCAUUUAGUCCAGCAAUCCCCUUAUCAUCGUCUCUCAGCAUGUGGAGAGAGUGCUUAUCUUCACGAGCCAGCAGAGUGAAGCCAGUUCCCCGAGGAACGAUCCCCCCCAGACAAAGACAACCCCGAGGGACAUCGACUCCAAGCCCCUCGCCCCUCGCCCCCCCUCCUGCCCGUGGACAGCCGCAUCCAGCCCUGGCCACCAUCAAUAACCCACCAGGGUCCCCUCGGCCAGCAUGAGAAGACACGUCUGAGUGGACCUUCCACAGCCCCAGGACUCCUGGACACUCGGCGGUCUGCAGAGGAUUUCUGUCCGUUCCUACGCGUUCACACAGGUGAGGUCGUCGUGCUGAAGCGCUCGUUUUACCCCUUCGGGCCGCGUGCGUUCAUUUUCAGCGGCGUAAAACAAGGCGAUGUGCAUUUUACCAGACUUCGCAUGAAUUGGAACAUCAAACUGUUUGAGAAUCUCCUAAAAACGGAUCAGAUAAUACUAAGCUUCAACCAACCUCUUCAGAAUGAAAUAUACUGCACCGUGUUGACAUGUGAUACAUGUAAUGCACUAUAACGUACCCUGUGUUUCCCUAUAUUUUUUAUGAAUAAUCUGUUCAUUCACCUGUAUGUGCAAACAGGAGGAUUUACCAAUAUAUAUCUCCUACAUUAUUGUGUCAAGUAUUAUUAAAUAUGUUAAAAGUGUAUAUCCUGCUUGUUAUUGCUAAAUACUGUAGAGGGAGUAGUAGCAUUUUUACAGUGAAAGCCUGGUACAAGCCAAACAACCCUUUAAGUUAAUUUAUGACUAAAAUAGGGACAAUAUGAGGUUUUUUUUUAAAGCACCAACAAUUAAAAUAAUUCUGAUGAAUUGUAGUAUUUCCUGAAUAAUUAUCAAUAUCACUUCGCAGAAGAAAUCACACACACACACACACGUGGCCAGUUUUCAUGACAUACACUGACUCUUUCUCCUUCCAAUCCCGUCACCUCAGAAUUAAGAAUAUUUGAUUUUUGGUUAAGAUGCACAUUAUUUUCUUGAUUUACUAUUUUGUUUUUAAAUGCCCUAAAAAUAUAGUGAAUAAUUCCCAUAAAUGCUUGCAUGCCAAAGGUGGUUUCUCAAAAUGUCUUUUUUUUUUACUAAAAAGCAUUCAAAACCAAAAGAUUAUUAUUAUUAUUAUUAUUAUUAUUAUUAUUAUUAGCUGUUAUCUAUAAGAAAGAAAAGAAAGAAAUCUUCCCCACUUAACAAGCUGGAACCUCAACCCUAUUUCAAAUUGUCAAAACUCCCUCUGUAUCAAACGACUGAUCCAUAACCCGACGCCUCGUUACAGCUCCCCCCCCCCU